CCCAUAAUCAAACUCUUCUGGAUCAAAACAAGAACCCUUGAUACUAUCAUCAUAAGACAUGGUCCUCUCACUUGCAUACAGACGUCCAAGCCGGGUGUCCGAUGGAUCCUCGUUUACUUCGUCGAACGAAAAGAGAUUGUCUAGCGAAGGUUCAUAUCAUUCCGGAACUUCUGGUCUACCCAAAGGCAUCCCGGAAGCACUAUCAUUUGACCGAAUCAUCGCUGGCGGUACUUGCCCACCAUGCACUACCCGCGACUUUAUGAACUAUCUCAGAUAUAUCGAACACAGCGCUGAGAACCUGCAAUUCUACCUCUGGUAUAGAAGCUAUGUUGAGCGAUUCGACAAACUUCCGGCGUCUGAACAGGCAUUAUCGCCCGAAUGGAGUGCUGCUCAGAUGGAUACAGAGAUCACCCAACCGGCUCGCCGUAGGAAGACUCCAGCAGCAAUUGCAACGGUGCUACGCGGAACCGACUUUGCCGAUACAGUACCUCUGGAUGCCGAGAAGCGAGAUCCGUUCAACGACCCUCGCAGUGACUCUCCAGAGAUGAUGAGGACUCCCGCAUCACCGACAUUCUCGGAGUUUGACUCUUCGUGCAUGAGUGAUGAGAGACCCGUAUCAUCACGUUCGGACUUUCAACGCAAGGCUGGUGAAGCCAUGGACGAUGCUGGUAUGAAGUGGAAGCCCUUUACCGCACAACCUUUCCGCGAAGAACUCACCCGUAUCAUCACAAUAUUCAUCGCUGUCGACGGAUCGCGCCAACUCAACCUCUCAGACCGCGAACGCAGCGCAGUACUCCACGCUCUUCAACACACCACUCACCCAUCCGCCCUUCGUGCCGCCUUCACCAGCGCAGAAUAUUCUCUACGCCGCCAGGCCCACCCCAACUUCAUCAGAUGGACCAUCUGCAACGGCAAUCGCCCUCGUGUAAUCUUCGCCCGUGGCCUAGGCAUCUCGUUGAUCCUCCUAGGCAUUCUCGCAGCUCUCCUCAUCACUCUAAGCUCGGCAAGCCGUGCCUACAGAGUCAUCCCUAUCAUCGGACUUAUCCUCGGCAUCUCCACCCUCAUCGCAGCAUGGAAGGGAAUGUGUGUUGUCCUCCACGGGAUGCACCAUCGCCACCUCCGCCCCUGGGAGCUCUUCGCCGACCCUGAAGACGCAUCUAUCAAAAACUCCUCCAGUGAUUCCCUGAUCGAUUCUUCCCCUGUAGCUAAGAGCUAUGAGGAUGAACCUUGGGUCGCUAGAUAUGAGAAGAGAAAUGUCAUUCGUAAGAUUUUCGAUCGGGAGGUUUGGGUGCAAGAGCCUGCUUUGCGACAGAUUCAGGAUACCAUUUUUGUACAGAGUUUGAUUGGUGCGUUUUUGGUUUCUUGUAUCAUUGUAGGAGUCUUCUGUGCCGUGCCCAAGGGUGGGCUCUUUUAGAUAGAGGCGAUGGAUGAGGAGGAAAUUUUAAUGUGAAUAUGGUAAUGAAUUGUGUUUGAUAUAUGGUAAAGGAUUGGAAUGUAGAUAGAAAGUGGUGGU